AUGAUCUUAAUCAUUUUCUUAAUCUGCAUACCUUUUGUUCAUUCAGCGUCUCACACGCUCAUCACUACAUACACCGGAGUAAAUGGACAGACGGUUGCAGAAACUCCAGAAGUUUCCUCUGUAUCUACACUGGAUGGACAACAGAUUGAUUAUUAUGACAGUGUAAUAAAGAAGCUGAUUCCCAAACAGGACUGGAUGAAGGAGUUUGCUGCUACAGAAAUAUGGAAAGAAUACACUAAGAUCAGAGAACAAGUGCAGCAGAUCAACAAAAUCAACAUUACUGCUCUAAUGGAGCAAUUCAGUCAGCCACAUGGUGUUCAUACAUAUCAGAGGAUUUAUGGAUGUGAUUGGGAUGAUGAGACUGGAAAAUCACAUGGGUUUGAUCAGCACGGUUAUGAUGGAGAAGAUUUCAUCUUUCUGGACCUGAAGGAGCUCAGAUACAUCACAGCUGUAGCGCAGGGAAUACCUACAGUGAUGAAGUGGAACAAUGACAGAGAACGACUUGUCUAUCUAAAACGAUAUUUUAGAUAUAAGUGCAUUGACUGGAUGACAUAUUUCUUGACAUCAAGGAAAGUGGAUUUUGAGAGAAGAGCUCCUGAAGUGUCUCUGUUACAGAAGACUUCCUCUUCUCAAGUGAAGUGUCAUAUCUCAGGGUUUUACCCAUCAGCAGUGAAUAUCACCUGGUUAAGAAAUGGAGAAGAUCACAAAGAGGAUGUAGAUCUUGGAGAGUUACUACCAAAUGAAGAUGGGACCUUCCAGAAGACUGUUUCCCUCCGUGUUACUCCAGAUGAAUGGGAGAAGCACCAGUAUGUUUGUGUGGUGGAGCACGAGACAGGGACUAUACUGAGGAAUCUGACUGAGGACGAGAUCAAGAGUAACUACGGUAAGUUAUUAAUAGUGUGUUAUAGUGUUUAUUUCAGGCCUUCAACAUCAGGCCCUCUCCAGUCUGGACCUCUAACAUCAGGCUUCACAUUUUCAGAGGGCAAUAAGAAGAAACAACGCCUUACACUGCAUUAUUAUGCUGUUGGAAGUUUUAUGGAGGUGGUGGGUGAUGGCCUGGGGCUCAGCAAAUCUUCAGUAGAGAAAAACUUUGACCGCAGUAACACCUUUGCUGUUACAGCUUAUGAAGAACAUCCUGAUUUCCCCCCAAACUCCUGA